UUGUAUCCUUGGUUUAUUGUAUUAAAAAAAAAAAAAAAAAAAAGGAAAGGGAGGGGGGGAAGGAAAAAAAAAAAUCCGUGUGGGUUUGCAAUCUGGAGAUGAGCCUCUAAUCCCCUCGGCCAGCCCGAGGAUGGUGGGGUGCUGGCACAGCUGCCCCCCGCGUACACCUGAGGGCUGGAGGGCUGCCCACGCAGCCCCGCUGCUGGCGGGGAGGGGGGAGAAGUGGCUGGCAAAAAUGUUGUCCGCUCCCGGGCAGCGUUAAAGGUGGAGCGUGCGCAUGUGUUGGGGGGCAGCAUCCGUCCUCGCCGAGCUUUAACCAAAGCGGUAACCUGCAGCUAUGGAGUCACCGACUAAGGAAAUCGAAGAAUUUGAGAGCAACUCUCUGAAAUACCUACAGCCAGAGCAAAUAGAGAAAAUCUGGCUUCGUCUCCGAGGCUUGAGAAAAUACAAGAAAACAUCACAGAGGACCUUGUUAUGGGAAACAGUCGUCACAUUUCAGCGACUCCACAGUCUGAUAAUUCACGUACGGUUGCGGUCUUUGGUAAAGCAGUUAGAGAGGGGGGAAGCUUCAGUUGUAGACCUAAAGAAGAACUUGGAAUAUGCUGCGACUGUUCUUGAGUCAGUAUACAUUGAUGAAACUAGGCGUUUACUGGACACAGAAGAUGAGCUCAGUGACAUCCAGUCCGACUCUGUGCCCUCGGAGGUCCGGGACUGGUUGGCUUCUACCUUCACGCGGCAAAUGGGGAUGAUGCUCAAAAGGACGGAGGAAAAACCUCGGUUCAGGAGUAUUGUCCAUGCAGUACAAGCUGGGAUAUUUGUGGAAAGAAUGUACAGACGGACUUCAAAUAUGGUCGGUUUGAGCUACCCACCAGCUGUAAUUGGAGUGCUAAAGAAUGUAGACAAGUGGUCCUUUGAUGUAUUUGCACUAAACGAUGCCAGUGGGGAUCAUGCACUGAAAUUCAUUUUCUAUGAACUUCUCACACGCUAUGAUCUGAUCAACCGUUUCAAGAUCCCCAUUUCUGCCCUGGUGUCCUUUGUGGAAGCUCUGGAGGUUGGCUACAGUAAACACAAAAAUCCGUAUCACAACCUAAUGCACGCUGCAGAUGUGACACAGACGGUCCAUUACCUCCUUUUCAAGACAGGCGUAGCGCACUGGCUGACAGAGCUGGAGAUCUUCGCAAUGAUCUUCGCAGCUGCUAUCCAUGACUAUGAACACACUGGAACCACCAACAACUUUCACAUCCAGACACGGUCAGACUCAGCCAUUCUGUAUAAUGACCGGUCUGUGCUUGAAAAUCACCACGUUAGUGCAGCGUACCGUCUUUUGCAAGAUGAUGAAGAGAUGAAUAUUUUAUCUAAUCUCUCAAAGGAUGACUGGAGGGAAUUCAGAGCUCUAGUGAUUGAGAUGGUGUUGGCCACCGAUAUGUCCUGUCACUUCCAGCAAAUCAAAGCCAUGAAGAAUGCUUUGCAGCAGCCAGAAGGAAUUGACAAGCCGAAAGCCUUAUCACUGUUGUUGCAUACAGCAGAUAUCAGUCAUCCAGCCAAGGCCUGGGAUCUCCAUCAUCGCUGGACCAUGUCUCUGCUAGAGGAGUUCUUCAGACAGGGUGACAAAGAAGCAGAACUAGGGCUUCCCUUCUCUCCACUGUGUGAUCGCAAGUCUACUAUGGUUGCUCAGUCUCAAAUAGGUUUCAUUGAUUUCAUCGUGGAACCCACUUUUACUGUGCUAACUGACAUGACCGAGAAGAUUGUGACGCCGCUCAUUGAUGAAGCUUCCCGCUCUGGCAUGUCUGGGUUCAGACGUUCCAGUCUGAAUAGCAUUAGUCCCUCCGAAGUUAAAAGAUCAAGUGUCAAGAGCACUGGGUCCGAAGGAAGUGCCUCACUCAACUGCUCCAUACUCACUGUGGACUUCAAAUGUUUUAAAGCCACCUGGACUGAGGUGGUGCAGCAGAACCGGGAGAAAUGGAAAGCGCAAGCCACCAAAGAAGAAAAAGCUAAGAAAGAGGCAGAGGAAAAUGCUCAUCAGGGAACAGAUGAAAAGAAAACAGAUGAAAAGGAUGAGAAGAAGCCAGCUGAAGAUGCCACAGCAGCAACGACAGAGAACAGCAAAGAACCAAAUCCUGGGGAAAACAAGAGCGCAGAUUCCAAUAAGAAUCAUGUAAAUGGGACUCGGCAAACAGGGGUGAACAAACACGAAGCCUCUCAAGGGAAAAAUGCACCUAGGACGGAUAAGGGAAUGGACUCGCAUCACGCAGUGGGAGAGCAGAAACAGCAUGUCCAGAAUGGUGAAUUGAAGGAAGACAAUAAGUUGGACAAAAAAGAUCAGUCUAGUGUGGGGGAUGAAUCAAAGAAAACAGAUGAUACGGAAGAGUAAAAAUAUAUUAAAAAAGAGACUGCAAAUUUCUUUCAUCAUUUUAGCUGAGCUUCUUCAUUCCUGUUCUCCUCCUUCCGCAAAGACCAGUUUCUGGGGAAGGCAUUAAACAACUUUCAAAACACUCCUCCUCCCACUGGCUACUUCACAGCUAAUGACUCUGGGUUCUAGGGUGGGGGCCUUGGUUUUUUGGGUCAGUUUUAUUUUUGUUUGUUUGUUCGUGUAUGUGUGCAUUUUUUGUUGUUUUGGGAAGUUUUUUGUUAAAAAAAACAAGUGGUGAUUUCCUGAUGCAAACGGUUCCAUUUUUCUGGACAGGUCAAGCAAAUAGAUGAGACUCAUCUUCAAACACCGGUAUUGCCCUUUGCUAUGCCUCAGCUUGUAAAACCAACAUUAGGAUGAUACAAAAGAAUAUAAAAAAAAAAAAAAAGAAAAAAAGAAAACUUGAUAAUACUUCACUUUUUUUCUUUUCCCUGAGGACCUUUUCCAAUUGCUGGUAGAGAGAAUUUGACAUGAGUUUUACCUUCGCUGUAAAAGAUUUUAUUAAUAAGGAUGUUGAAUUUGUAGAGUCAUUUGACCAUUUGUUAGGAUUUGAUGUCUUUCCCAGAUGGUGCAAUGAUAGUAAAAUGUUUUUGUUUCUAAACAGCGGGCAGACUCACUCAACCCUUGAUUUUGUUCUGGUUUUGCAGUUAGUAAUAGGAGAGAAAUAAUCAAUGGAAGUGAUAUUCCCUUGGGACAAAUUUUGUUGUCAGACUCUGAGAGCAUGCACUGACGUGCUGCUUGACGUGCCUGCCUUAACUUGAGAUUACAGAUAAUGAGCUGUUUCCCACAUUUGUUCUGUGGGCUACUAGUAACCGCUCUUUAUCUGACUUGAAGGUCUAAGAGAAGAAGGGCAGCAGGGAAUCACACGGAUCAAUUCUUACUUUCAUCUCGGUGUGGUCUUUCUUUCAUCACUGACUGAAUGGACAGGCCAAAGAAAAGGAAAAGCGUUGCUGGAGAAGUAUGGACAGACAAAACCAAAAUGGAGAAGCGUGUCCUAAAUACACUGCUGGAGUCGGUGGAUAAAACUGUCUCAUCCAGUGGAGUUAGACACAUGGAAAGCAGCCAUCAUUUUGGCCCAUUUUAAAGAAGAAAUGUUAUAAAGCUAACUCGCUCAGGCCUUGAUUCAGGAAGGUAUCUUUGCAUGAGAAACGUCAAACAUGUAUGUAAGUGCUUUUCUGGCUUGGGCUCUUGGUAGGGAUUCAGUUAGUUGUAAGUGAUUUUACCUGUCUGUGUGGAAAUCAAGACACGUGUAUACACACACAGCUGUUUUUCGCCUAAGUCCUUUUCGUUCAGGUUGAGGUCUUGCUGUGUUAGUCAUAUGUAUUUUACAAAGAAUCAGACUGCUGUCACGGCUCUGCUAUAUAGAGAACAUGCAAAACAUUGGCUUGGGAAGCUAAAUCUUCAGUGUUUCCUUUUCAUGUUCAAAAGCACAGGACUUUACCACCAGCCUAUAUUAGAGCUUGGGUCUCUGUUCCUGCUUAAACUGUGCAUGUACAGGGACGAGCUUCCCAUGACACUAGCAAAAAUCACAGCAGUGAGCUCAGCCUAAAUCCAUAUUUAAACAUGAAUACCUUCUCACUCAGGAGUGUUUGUAUCUGGAAUUUUGAUUAUUGAGGCUUGAGACAUUUUGAGUUCUUUUUUUGGACACCAGAGUUUGAGUUUGUUCAAAGUCAGAGAGUUAGAUUAGGUUCAUACUGUGAAAAGGUUGCACUUCGAUCACAUGUUUUCAGAAGGAAGAAGUACAAAAAUAACUCUUGCAUUUCUUAGAACUCACAGUUGGCUUCACUGAACCAGCUCAUUUAAAUAAAAUAAAGAUAAGAGCACGUAGUGUUCCCAUUUUUGAGCUCCUGGUUCAAUGGUAGCUCUGGGAUAGAUUUUCUGAAGAAAGCGGGGUGCUGGGAGGACAGUGGCCCUGCAGCCAGUGCUGAGCACACUCCACGUCUUGUGACAGGCAGAGGGCUGUGUCGCCACGUAGCACUUUCCCACCUCCCUUUUCCCCCUCUCCUUUAGCAUUCAGCCACAAUAAGAGUAUGACUUCCAGCCCUGACCAGGCUCUUUGAAGGCACAUCAAUGAAAUAUCAAUAAUGCAGAACUAAGUACUGCAGCGGUGACUCAGUCCCUGCUUAGUCAUUCCUCUCCCUGAAGUCAGGGGGGGCAUACCCUCACUGAGUGUUUGGUCAGAGGUGCAGGAUGAUUUAAUCAAUAUUUUUUAAGUUACCCUUACCUAAUGUACAGUGACUAAAGAUGCCUUAGGUUAUGCACAGUAGAAUAAUAAUAAUAAUAAUAAUUAAAAAACCUAAAUCUUUUUCUUCAUCUGCUUCUGAUAUGUAUUUCCUUUCUUUCUGGGAGUGACUUCUUUCAGACACAAAGCCAGAGUGCUUAAUUCAUGGCUGGUCAGUUCUUGUUUCUCAUGCACUGGCACAAAGGUGUGAAAUCAGACUGGAAAAUGUUUUUCCUCGAUUGUUAGGGUUAUUCAACACCAGCAGGAGCGAAUAUGGGAAGUGGUGGAUUUGCCGUCACUUGGGGACUGCAGAUCAGAGCUGCCAUUCUAGAAGAGAUGCCGUAGUCAAAGUUACUGAUCUCAGCACACAGGUAUGCAGCAAAAUGUUUUCCAACGUACAGACAGUCAGAGCUAGCUCUGACAUUCUCCUGCUCUUUUAAAAUCAUUUGAAUGAGCUACAGGAUUAUUAGCGUUUUUUGGUAAUUUUUGUUGUCAUGUAAAAAAAAAUCCCCAUGAAAUCUAUUAGCUUGGAAAUAUAUAAAGAGAAAGUGAAAUCUAGAAAUCAAAAUCCUACAAAGAGACUAGGCCAGAUGAAAGCAUCUAUCGUGGGGUCCCCUCCCAGGAUCACACCUACAUUCCCCUGCUCCUCCCCGCCACCUCCCUGGAACACUCUGCGGCAUUGUGCUAGUGCAUUGUGAGCCAAGGAAUGGUAUGUUUAGACAACUCCCAGUUAAACUAGAGAUCAGCCACUGUGCAAUUGUGUAAAAAAAUAAUAAAAACUUAAAAAAAAAAUAAUUACAGAACUGCUUUCUCUUAUUUUAUUCCAUGAAAGGAUACACACACGCACACACACACACACACAAAGCGGAAAAGGAUUAGGUGUUCAUCAACUAAUGGCCUAUAUUUAUAGCAAGAAAGGAUUUCUGCUAUUAAAUCCUUACCUAACUUUCCCCAGAUCUAUAGAAAUUAUCUUUUCAGAUGCCUGCCUUUUCCAUCCUCAGUAAGACUAUACAAGCAAUGAAUAAGCCAGAAAUUCUGCGAAUAUAGGGCCCAUACUGUUGGCCUCAUGCUGAAAUUCUACAGAAUUAUUUGGGAGCGCCCACCAGCGGGCACAAAGGGUUCUUCUGGUGCCAGAGUGCUUCUUACGGAGGGCGGCACAGGCUGGGAAGCCGUGUGAUGAAGACGGUGCUCUUCCUCCUCUGCACAGGGAUUGCCGGUGCUCUCAGACAGCUCUGCCUUGCUGGAAGAGCACCAGGUGUCUUCUGCUUCCCAGAAACUGUUGUGUAACUUGAGGGGGAGAAUCCAGGUGCUUUACCCCUUCAAACAGGGAGGGAUACCAUCGCAAGUAUCCCUGUCAGCGUUUUUUCCUUUAGCUGGGACUGGUGUUCAGGGAAUUAGCAGACCUUUGACUCGUGGUGAUGUAGUACUUGAACUCCUGGACACACUAUAAUUUAAAAAAAAAAAAAAAGAAAAAAAAGAAAAGCAAGCAAUAUGUUUUUAUCCUGUCCAUUCUUUAAAUGGCUCAAAGGGUGACAGUUCUCUGGGCUGCGCUCAAGCAGUGAUUUGAACUGCGCGUUUCUGUGACAAAAUGCAAGAAGUGUUCACACCUAUGAAAGAAGGGAUUUGUUUAUUUUUAAAUUAAUUUUUUUAAAUGUAAAACCUGUGAUGCCCCCUCUCAAAAUGCUUAAGUCAACCACCAGCUUUCUUUACAAAGUACACAUUUUAUUUUCAAAGUUAUAUGGUCAGAUUUCUAUGUUUAAUUAUAAAAAGAUGAUGGAUGUCACUAAUGUUUUCCGUGUUUGAGAAAAAAGAUAGAUGCGAGAAACCAACAAUUUUAUUUUUUUUUUGUUGCUGAUGAUAAAACAGGUCGUAGAUUAAAAAAAGAAAUUUUGCAAUUUUAGACCGAAAACCUAUUUCAGAGUAGACAAUCUAGGCAGACUGAUGCUUAUCUAAAGGUGCAGCCUUUUGUAUAGCUCCAGCUGGUGUAAACACAGUAGUAGUAAUACAAUAGGACGUUUAGCAUCAGAAUGAAUCUGGAAUUUCAGAGCCUGGUUCCUGAUGGGUGAAUGAGGGGGGCACAUUCCUUUUUCUCGAUGUUUCUUUUUUCGAGCAUAAAUUUUGUGGUUGGAGAGGAACUUCCCAAAAUGUAGUUGGUUCUGCCAGAGAAGAAUGGUAUAUGGUGGUGUUUUUGCAAACUGCCCUUUGAAUAUGCAAAUGUUUGCAUAUGUACUUACAGUGUUUUACAGGUUCAGUCUGGAAGCAAAAAUACUGCAAACUAGAUAGCUGGUAGCGCUGGGCUGCUUUGUAAUCCGAAGGUCCGUGAGCUCACCUAGCUAAAGGCAAAUGCUUCCACUCUUAGUCCUUGCAAGUUCUACAGUGGGUCCCAAACGUGGCUUUUAAUUAAAAAGCACGAUAAUCUAUUCCAAUCAGAGAUGAUGGAACCUGACAAGGACAGUACUUUUUUUGCUUCAACUGGAAUAAACUAGUCUAUCUCCAGGAAUCUGUGAGAUGGUCUUAAAUAUUAUUGGUUCCUUUUCCUUGCAUUUUAUUUUGUAAUAAUGAAACUCAUCAUCCUCUGAUGAUCUAUACCAUAUGUUAUCCAUUUAUACUCAGCAAAUGACAGCAAAAUCAAGUCAUUUCUCUUAGUCUUUUUUCCAUCCAUCACCUCACCCAAUACUUAAAAACAACAGAGCGAUCCUGUGCUUUCGCAUGUGUUGCACUGGUGCUGAUCUCAGAGCUGUGCUGGCGCGGUGUCUGGACAUCAGCACUCAAAAGCAGGAACAUGCUGGCUGAGGACGAGAAGGAGCCCUGUGGCAAGCAGGCAUCAGUGCUGGCCAGGUAGAAAGGAGGGGAAAAAAACCCAUGCUUUCACGUUUUAAGGCGUAAAUUCAUCUCCCUCCAAAGUGGUUUUUCCCACUUGUGUUACCCACAGCAUGAGCAGGUCUCUUCCAGUCUCGGUUUAGUGUCAGGUGUGCAUCCUAAUGUGGCGUUCCCCCUGCUUCCACAGGCAGACAAGUUCUGCGAUCCCAGACAACCCUUUCCCCGUCUGACUACUGCGAUCAAAGCAGGAUCAGUGGCGGGUGACCACUGCCAAUGCUAUUAUUUUCUGUAAAAAUGAAACACUGGCCAUGCCUUUCCACUUGCUGAAACUACAUUCCUGUUGCUGCAAUGUCCCUUUUGAUCCCCAGCAAGCAAAGAGGGGUCUGAUCUGUACCAGGCAGGACCAGGACACAUGUCUGUCUUUGAGGCAUCCGCUCUCCCUGCUCUGGUGACUUGACCACCAGGUAGAAGAAAAUGGAGGUGCUUCCAGGCAAGCUGGCUGAGAACCUGAAGCUCAGUUUUGGCGAAUUUAUUUAUCCUCAUACCUAAGCGCACGACAGCACUCACUCACAAGCCUCACAGCACGCUCUUGGCAUUUUGUAUUUUUUCAAUUUCUUCCAAAUGCAUACGUAUUGACUGCUGUGUACUCAUAUCACCCUGGAUUUAGAAGCUAUCCAGUGGUAGGAGGAAUAUACGUAAUCCCGUUGUCUCUGCUGGUGGUCGUAGGAGUGCAUCUAUCAAACAAAAUUACUUAUGGCCAUUGGGGUUUUCUAGUGAUAAAACCUAGCAGUAGAAUGACAGAGUGAGCGUAUUCCUUUUCUUCUUGCUUGGAUGAUAUUUUUAUACAUUUUUAUAUGCAAUUUUUUUAAAUAUUUGCUAUUUUUAUUGCAGGGUUCUGGUUGGGUUUUUACCAGAUCUUCUGGUUGUCUACAGGCCCAGAUUCUCACAGGAAUAUUUCCCUUCCCUUUUCUCCCCGCCUUUCUUCCCCGAUAGACAAAAGCCAUUGCAUUUGCAACAUCAGCUUGGAGCUAAAUAACACCUAGGGCCUGAUCACUCUUUUAGUUGCACUGAAAUCAAAGGAAGUUGCGUGCAAAGUCCUGCUGGUCCCACCGCAGUGUCUGGGGCUAACGAUGAAGUAACCGAAACACGUACCACUAACUACACGCAGGGCGGUCUGUGUAAAGCCAGUGCAUCAGGGUGGUGCUGUCUUCCUCUGCUGUGGUAGGAGCUGCUUCCACCACAAUAUGUUUUAUAAAUAAAACUGUAUCUCUCGCUUCAUUCUGAUGAUGCUACUUGUAGGCAUUUCAGUCAAAGUCGUACCUUAGUGCGCUGGCUGCCUUCAGCAGGGAGGAAGGGUGGACAUUGUGGCUUAUCUGGGGCAGUAGAUUUCACUGCUCUUGUGGUUAACUCUACAGUGACAGGUCCUAAAUAAAGUUAAGAAACAUUAAAUCUAUUGGUAGGAAGGAUAAGGGGAAAUUAACCAAAUUCAAGGAUCCUGGUCUUGUAAAAUAACCUUUUCUCAGCUGGCAUUCUGCAGGGAUUUCUAUGUACGAAGUUAAACUUUAGAGUAUGUUUAUAUUAGCAGAACUGAUAGUGGAGAUGUCUUUCUUGAACUGAAGUAAAAUAAACAAGAGACACCUGUUCUCUAAUAUUUUUGAAGGAAGAAAGAGGCAGGUUGUUAUGCUAUUUUGCACCAGGGGACAGAAAACAAGAUAAAAUCCAUGCUGAAAGCAAAACUCAAUGCAAGUUUGCUCCUGUUCUGGGUGGGUAGGGUAAUGAAAAAAAAACCAAACCAAUGUGGUUUGUUAAGACUCAUAAGGGGAAAAAAAUUCAAAACCAAAAUGAAUGAUGCCAUGUAAUGCCAAGUAUUCUCAACUGUUCUGAGAAUAAUUUUAAACAAUAUGUAUUUAUUGUUAGCUCCUUAUUUGAAAGAAGAGGCUUGUGGUCUCUAAAUGUAUAAAACAUUUUUCAACAUUCCAGUUUUUCUGUAACUGAGUCCAUGUAUGUUCAUCCUAUUACCAAAUAAAAACAAUGAGUU